AUGCGCCCGGCUCCGGCUCCCGGAGCGGGCCGGCUCGUCGUGCCGGCCAACCUUCUAUCGACGACAUGUUCCCGCGCCGCGCCGCGCCGCGCCCGUAAGAUCUGCGGCCGGAACCGGUGGGGGGGCGCGUCCGGCGCGAGCGGAGCCGGCGGGGCAGCGUCUACCGCAGCCGGAGCCGGCGGGCCCGCGCCCAACGUCGUCGUCUUGGACGCGAGUCCAGACAAGGCGCCGCCUGCGCCGGGGUCUGCCAAUACCACCGGGCCGGCGGGUCCGACCGUGCCGCCUUCGUCUUCGGAGCCGGCGAGGGAGGAGCCGGCGGGGAAGGAGCCGGCGGGGCAGCAGCCGGCGCGUUCGGCCGACGCGGAUGCCAGGGCACUGGUGACGGCGAAGGGACCAGCGCAGGGGCCCCAGGGUCUUCACAUCUCGCCGGCCGCCUCGCUGCUGAACGUGGUGUCCGCCUCCGACUCGAGCUUCGGCUCGGCUGGCACCAUGGAGCAGGAUUGGCACCAGGCGGACACCUGCGAGGUGACCAGCCGAGAGGGGCACAGAGGCGUGGCGCCCAAGGAGCUGUUCUUCUCCGGCUUGCGCGCCAGUGUGAAGGCCCAGGCCGCCGAGGUCGAGGCCCGGCUUGCCCGGCUGGAGAAGGCUGACAAGGCGGUUGAGGCCAGGCGGACCGCCUUGCACAACCGGCUCGUGGCCAGCUAUCAUAAGGCCAAGAGGGAGCGGGCCGACUUCGCCCGCGAGCUGGAGGUUGCCAAGGCUGCUGCCGCCCGGGUCCCGCAACUGGACGAGGACCUUCGGGCCGCCCGUGCUCAAUGCGCCGAGAGCGAGAAGGCGGUCCAGGCCGCGGCCGUCAAGGCGCGGGAGACGGACGGGGAGCUGGCACGGCUGCGCCGACUCGAGGCCAACCACCUCGUCGAACUUGAAGCUGCCAAGCUGGUUGGGCGAGAGGAGGUGGAAAACCUCAAGAAACGGCUGGAGGAGGUGGAUCAACAGCGCCUGAAGCUUCGGGACGAGGUGACCUCCAAGUCCAACGAGCUGUCGGCCACCGCCAAGCGGUGGGUGUCGGAGAUCAGCGCGCUCGACCGUGGCUUGGCGGCGGCUUUCCCAGAGGCGCAGGAGGCGGCGCUAGCAGCAGCCGGCCAGGCGCGUGAGGCCCGCCGGCAGGCCACCGGCGAGGCGAGUUCUGCGCACUUCUCCAUGGAUGACUACCUGGCAUCUAUGGCCGCCCGCGUCGAGCCGAUAACCAUGCUGGGCUAUGAGCUCAGGAAGGCGGCGGAGGAGUUGUUCCAGUUGCUCUGGCCGACUGAGACGCUGCCCGGCGAGCUGUCCAACCUCAUCAAGUGGCUGGAGACGGCGCCCGAUCGCUUCCUCGACUGGAAGGACUCGGCUGCGCGUGCUGGGGCCGACAUGGCGCUGUCCUUGGUACUCUCCUGGUAUGACGAGGUGGACCUCAACCAGCUGGAGACGCGGCGGGCCGACGUGGAGGACAAGCUUAGCGCGGAGAAUAAGACCGCCCGGCUUGCCCGUGCCUGCGCCAUCGCCGACUUCGCCAACAAGGGCACCUUCAUCGAGGACCCGAAUCCGCCUUCGGAGGAUGAGGAGUCUGAAGACGAAGACAUGCAGGACGCGCCGGAUGCGCCCGAAGCGGACCCGGCGGCCGGCUCGGCAGAUGCUCCCCCGGCUGGUCCUCCUCCAGCCGGCGCCUAG